CGAAAGAAAAACAUCUUAUUAUUAUCUGUAUAUAAAAAAGAGUCCAUUUAUUUAAAUUUCAACAGCUACAGAUUCUCUCAUUUCCCCCUGUUAAUUUUCCUUAAAAUUCAAAACCCAUCUCCUUAAACCUAACCUUUUUAAAAACCCAGAUCUUAAUUUCUUCCAUUUUCAUCAAAAUUUGGUUCUUUUUUUGAUCCAUCUCCAUACUCUGUUUUGUUAGCCAAUAAGAAAACCAUGUCGUUGACUUCUUUGUUCAACAAUCAGACUUGAAAAGUUUCGUUCUUUAUCAGCUUCGUGUUCAAAUUCUAUUAUGAUGACGAUGUUGUUUUUGUGAUUUUAUUAUCUAUUUUUGGGUUUAAUUAAUAUCAAACCAAAAAAAAAAAACACAAUCCCAUAAUUCCCUCCAAUUUUUCUGGAAAAUUACCAAUGAAAAUCCCAAAAGACAGAGUUAGAUUCAAUAUAGGAGGUAGAAUCUUCGAAACAACAUCAACAACAUUAGCCAACGCUGGAAGAAACUCAUUUUUCGGUGCAUUAUUUGAUGAUAAUUGGUCGCUAAAACAAUCAAUCAACGACACUGCUAGUGAAUUCUUCAUCGACAGAAACCCUGAUUGUUUCGGAGUCCUCCUUGAUCUCCUCCGCACAGGUGAUCUUCACAUCCCUUCUCAUGUCCCCGAGAGAAUGGUAUACCGAGAGGCCUCAUUUUAUGGCCUCUUAGACCAUGUAAGAUCAGCCAAAUGGGGCUCAUUUGAUGGUAAUAAGCUCCGCCAUGCCCGGUCCGUCACGGGCCGGGCGCCGGGGGACGGCACGGCCAUUCGUGCUGGCCCGGAUGGCGGGUGCUGUGUAGCUCAUGGUAGUAUGGUUCAUGUGUAUGAUUGGAUGAUGGAAGAACACCCACCUAUUAAUCUUGAUUAUCAAAGAGUUAAUGAUGUUGGUUGGGUUGACUCUGAAAAUGUAAUUGUUAGUGCUUGUGAAAGAUUAGGCCGAGGGGAUGGAGGUAUGGGAUUGUUUAGUAAGAGUAGUGGUGAGUUGAGGUAUAAAUUUCAGGUUUGCCAUGAAAAUCAAUUCAAGAGUUAUACAGCUGGAGCUUUAAGUACUAGUUCAGAUUAUAGAAUUUUUAGUAGUUGUAGAGGCAGGAGUAAUGAAUAUGGUAUUGGAGUUUGGGAUCAAAUCACUGGUAAACAGAUAGAUUUCUUUUAUGAAACUCCGGGUUGGUCAUUAGGCGAUGCGGAUAAAUUACAAUGGUUGAAUGGAAGUAAUUGUUUAUUGGUUGCUACUUUGUUUCCUAGAAAAGAUAAUUGUUAUAUUAGUUUGUUAGAUUUUAGAGCAAAGACUAUGGUUUGGUCUUGGUCUGAUAUUGGUGCCCCAAUAACUGUCGAUGAGAAACGCGUUCGUGACGCUAUAGCCAUGGAGGAUUGUAAUGCUGUCUGUGUAGUGAAUGAGUAUGAGGAUUUAGGGUUCAUGGAUUUGAGGAUUAGUGGAGGAAGUGUGAGAUGGAGCUCGAGGAGUCGAUUGAUGAAGGGGAAAAUGCCCGAUGAACCGUGUUAUCCGAAACUGGCAUUACAUGAAGGGCAGUUGUUUUCGUCAAUGGAUGAUUGCAUUUCUGUGUUCUGUGGCCCUGACUGUGUUUUGACAUCUAGGCUUCGGCGGAGUUAUGGAGGUUCAAUUUGCGAUUUUUCAAUCGGUGGGGAUCGACUCUUUGCACUUCAUAGUGAGGAAAAUGUGUUUGAUAUUUGGGAGACUCCACCUCCACCAAUUAUAUGAUUCAGCUUAUAAGGUGUGCUUGGUUUUUGCAGUUAGUGUUUCUUACAUUUUUGUAUUAACCUUUUGCCACAUAUUUUCUCUUAUAGAUUAUAGAAGAUAGAAGAUAAUUGUCUGAGUAAACUUUUAGGUUAAUGAAACAUAGAUAGGUAUUGAAAGUGUGUUGUGUCUGUAUAUAGCUUUUAAGUUGACUGCCAUUUGAUUUAGAGCAAUGAGUUGUAUGGGAUUUUCCCAUUGUUAUAGAAAUGAACUGAUUGCUUCAAACUAAACUAAAGUAGAGGAUUUUUUUUUUGA